AUCAAAAAAUUAAUGUUUUAAGCCGGAAAUUAAAUAAAAUAAAUACGCCACCAUGUACGCAGCUGUUAAGCCGCUUUCCAAGUAUCUGCAGUUCAAGUCGGUGCACAUCUACGAUGCCAUUUUCACGCUGCACUCCAAAGUCACAGUGGCCCUGCUUUUGGCUUGCACAUUUUUGCUUUCCUCGAAACAAUAUUUUGGGGAUCCCAUCCAGUGUUUUGGGGACAGGGACAUGGACUACGUGCACGCCUUUUGCUGGAUCUACGGGGCCUAUGUGAGCGACAAUGUGACUGUGACGCCGCUAAGGAAUGGCGCUGCACAGUGCCGACCAGAUGCGGUUAGUAAGGUGGUGCCCCCGGAGAAUCGCAACUACAUCACCUACUAUCAGUGGGUCGUGCUGGUACUGCUGCUCGAGUCGUUUGUGUUCUAUAUGCCAGCAUUUCUCUGGAAGAUUUGGGAGGGCGGUCGGCUGAAGCAUUUGUGCGAUGAUUUCCACAAGAUGGCCGUUUGCAAGGACAAGAGCAGAACUCAUUUGCGCGUACUAGUCAACUACUUCUCCAGCGACUACAAGGAGACCCACUUCCGCUACUUCGUUAGCUACGUCUUCUGCGAAAUACUCAAUUUGAGCAUCAGUAUUCUAAACUUCCUUCUGUUGGACGUAUUUUUCGGCGGUUUUUGGGGCCGCUACCGCGAUGCCUUGCUGUCCCUUUACAAUGGCGACUAUAACCAGUGGAACAUCAUCACCAUGGCAGUCUUUCCCAAGUGUGCCAAGUGCGAGAUGUACAAGGGCGGCCCCAGCGGUUCUUCCAACAUAUACGACUACCUGUGCCUGCUGCCCCUGAAUAUACUGAACGAGAAAAUCUUUGCCUUCCUGUGGAUCUGGUUUAUACUAGUGGCUAUGCUCAUUGCCCUCAAGUUUCUGUACCGCCUGGCCACCGUUUUGUAUCCCGGAAUGCGUCUGCAGUUGCUUCGUGCCAGGGCUCGUUUCAUGCCCAAGAAGCACUUGCAGGUGGCACUGCGCAAUUGCAGUUUCGGCGACUGGUUCGUGCUGAUGCGCGUGGGCAACAACAUCAGCCCCGAGCUGUUCCGUAAGUUGCUAGAGGAGCUGUACGCAGCUCAGUCCUUGAUCAAAAAACCGCCGGGAGCGGACAAGAUCUAAGAUCUCAGUGAUGACACCAAGUUUAAUCUCAAUAUACUGAAAUAAUUAUUAUCAUUUGAAUCGUCUAUAGAGUAGAAGACUAAGAUGACACAAACAAGAAUAACAUACAUUAAUUUUUUUCACAUCGAUAUGUGCGUAUUAUCGAAGAAAUAACAAACUAUUAUUUUUGUGCUAAGAGAAAUGUGGCAUUUUCACUUGUUCAGUAAAUUCUCAUAUUUCUUAAUCAUCAUAAAUAUUCUUGACCAUUUUAAUCAUUAAUUGGUUUGAUAUAGAUUGAAAACUGUAUUUUUCUCUAAUAAAAGUUGAAAGUGUAAAGAACAUAAGCUA